AUGCUGCGUAAUCAAUUGAAUUGUACAAAGCCCAGCACUUGUACAUGCAAGCCACCCGCCGAUCAACGUAGCACAAUAGAUCCAAAUCAUGCUGUGUAUAUACCGCGUGGGAACAAUACCCGUGCAGACGGUUCUCUCAAAACAGAGGAGGUAGCACAUUGGGACAUUAGGACAGCCAUGGCUGCUGUGGGGGUCUCGUCGCCUCCGCCUCCUGGGCUCACUCCAAAGGGGUCUCCUACCAGGAUGCGGGAAGAGCGAGGUGAGGUCCGCUGCUUCGCGGACAUUGAGCUUCGUUUGGACCUGCUUUCUGAGAAGGUUGAGGAUUGCCUCGCUGAGAUCUUGCGAUUGCAAAUUGGAGCUCACCACCGAACACCUUCUGGGUCCAUCAGCUCAACAACACCCUCAUCCCGAUUGGCUGGAUUGCGAGGAAGUGUCUCCACACUGGGGAUGCUGGAUGUCAUGCCAGCUGUGGCUUCCAAGUCGAUGCCAGCGCUGCCAGCCCUUGGCACUCCAAGACAAUCUACAGAUGCUACCUCCUAUGGCAGUGGACGCCUUUCAAGCGUGGACGCCCCACUCAAUGGUACAUCACGGGCAUCAAUGGAUUCCGUAUUCUAUGGUGCUGACCGUGGCUCUGUUGUAUCUGCUGCCGAGUCUCGUGAAUAUCAGGCACUCCGCACAACUAGACACAGCAGACUAUCAAAUGCUUCAAGUCGAUUGGGAAGUCGAUUGUCAAGAGCAGAGGUAGCGCGGUCCUCGAGAUCGAGGAAAGUGAUGCCCGUGAGACGGGUUGAUUUCAAAGUUGCAUGGCACAUCAGUGAUGAUAGCCAAAAGCCAGCAACGGAGGAAGCAGAAGCGCACAUUGUCAGCCCGAUGAUGCGCUUGGUCAAACGAACACGCUCCGAGUAUGUUUGGGAGCUCUUGGACGAUCCUGAAAGCAGUCGCUUAGCAUGGUGGAUCUCGUUUCUCUUCAAGGUAAUGACAGUGUUCAGCGUAAUUAUUUCGAAUUUGCAGAUUUGGGAGGAGCCAAUCCUGGACACCGGCUUGGCAGCUGCUUUGGAGACUAUUUUCGACAGCGUUUACAUCACGGAGUUUGGAGCUAGACUCUUCACAGCUCCAUCGCGAUAUGCAUUCAUUCUGGAUCCCUACAAUUGGGCCGACCUUCUGUCCACGACAGCUCUUUUCUUCCGGGCAGGCAUUGGCUUUGUCAUUCAGAGGCCUCCCUCCUCAACCGAAGAAAGAAAUGUUCAAGUGAUUCUCCUUUUUAUAGUGCCGGUGGUGCGGCUCUUGAAGUUAUUGCGCUACUUCGACUCCUUCCGAUUGCUAGUCGACGCCUGCCGCAAUUCGUUUGCAUCGUUGCCUGUCAUGGUCUAUACGAUGGCUCUCAUCUUGCUGGUGGCUGCCAAUGCAAUCUACCUCGCCGAAGAGAGGAGCAACAUUCCGAGCUUGCCGCACUCGCACUGGCUUGCUCUCGUGACUAUGACGACGGUGGGCUUUGGUGACUUUACUCCUAAAACAGCUUGGGGCUUUGUGUUUGUGGGGAUGCUAUCGCUCAUAAGCACAUGCUUUGUGGCGAUGCCAGUGGGAAUCAUUGGCCGAGAAUUUUCACACUGCUGGGAGACCAGGAAUUAUGUCCUGCUGCUCACGCGGAUGCGCAAAUGCCUUUGGAAGUGGGGCUUUGGAGCCAAAGACCUUGCGGUACUUUUUGAAUACGUGGACAUUGACGGCGAUGGAGUUCUUUCUUUACAUGAGUUCAUAGAAUUGAUACAUCAAUUGCGAAUUGGAAUGACAGUGGAAACUGCGACUGAAUUGUUUAACUUGUUUGAUGACAAUGGGAAUGGGACUAUCGAUUACUUUGAGUUCCUGCGGCACAUUUUCCCUGAUGAGAACCUGGAGGAUGAAGACGAAAAUAAGAAGAAAAUCCGAGAAUCUUCUCGAAGAGUGACAGAUGCACUUGGCCUCCUGAAGGAGGAUGGGGCAAAGCUAUGGGGCACUUCUUCGGUCAUCUCAGGAUCUCACUGUGCCCCAAUUGCAGAGACUGAAGAGACAGAGAGUGAGCAUUCCACGUAG